CCAUCUUUCAGUUUGCUAGUUACAAUUAAAUAAACCUCACAUAUGCUCUAUCUUACUUGAUUCUUGAUCAGUUACUCUGAAAUCUCUUUGAUGAUGUCGAAAUCUAUGAGCAUAUCAGUGAACGGACAAUCUCAAGUGCCUCCUGGGUUUAGACUCGAUGACAACAUUAUUUCCCCUGAGGAUGUUACCGUUCAUGAGGUGAGUAUUAUAGGGGAAGCAUCACAAGACGAAGGAUGGGUGGUGUGUCGUAUUUUCAAGAAGAAGAAUCUUCACAAAACCCUAAACAGUCCCGUCGGAGGAUCUUCCCUGAGCGGCGGCGGAGACACGGCGAGGACGACGUCGCCUCAGAUCUUCAACGAGGAUACUCUCGAGCAAUUUCUUGAACUUAUGGGGCGAUCUUGUAAAGAAGAGCUAAAUCUUGACCCUUUCAUGAAACUCCCAAACCUCGAAAGCCCUAACAGUCAAACAAUCAACAACUGCCACGUAAGCUCUCCCGAUACUAAUCAUAAUAUCCACGUCAGCAACGUCGUCGACACUAGCUUCGUUACUAGUUGGGCGGCUUUAGACCGCCUCGUGGCCUCGCAGCUUAACGGACCAACAUCAUAUUCGAUCGCAGCCGUCAAUGAAAGCCACGUGGAUCAAGAUCAUCUCGCCUUGCCUUCCGUCCGAUCUCCGUACCAUAGCCUGAACCGGUCCGCUUCGUACCACGCCGGUUUAACUCAGGAAUAUACACUGGAGAUGGAGCUAUGGAAUACGACGACGUCGUCUCUACCGUCAUCGCCUGGCCCAUUUUACCACGUGUCGAAUGGUAGUGGAUAACGGAAAUGGAGGGAAAAAGAGAGAGACACACACACAUAAGACAUUUCACAUUUGUGUAAAAAGAUAUAAUCAUACCAUAUAGUUGUUGAAACAUAAAAAAAGAAAGUCAGAUUUGUGAU